AUAUCUCUCGAUUUUUUCUAGUAGUCAUCGCGCUGACCGUCAAAUUGUUUGGUGUUUUUGUGAAUCUUAAACGGUGUCCUCGAAUUGUAAUUUUCCCCUAAAAAUUCUCUAUUGUGAUAUUGGUUGUAGUUGAGAUUUAAUGUGAUGUAGUUUCUGAAACAACUUUUGAGUUACCUAGUUGACUGGAUUUAUUGUUAGAUGUAUGAUAGUUUGCAAUAGUUUAAUUUCGUUUAUGGAAUGUUACUAAUCAGCAGGGAAAAAUUUCGAAAAAUGUCUUUAAAAAAACAUUGAUUCUUAAAUAGCUUAUUGUUACAAUGUCGUUUAUGGUGAAGAAAAAACGUUAUAAGUUUACAGUAAAUCUUUGCUUGGAAGAUUUGACUGCUGUACCAUUUGUUAAUGCUGUAUUAUUUGCUAAAGUGCGAUUACUAGAUGGUGGAAACUUUAGUGAUACCUCAUCCAGAGAAGAGGUUCGUGAUCAUGCAGUACGAUGGGGCGCCCAAUUUGAAUUUAUUUGCAAAAUGAGCGCUAAUGCGUCUACCGGAAUCUUAGAUCCUUGCAAUUUACGUAUAUCAGUCCGUAAAGAAUUGAAAGGUGGACGGAGUUUUCAAAAACUAGGUUUCACCGACGUUAAUUUGGCUGAACUUGCAGGGGCCGGGUUAAGCUCAAGGCGAUGUUUAUUGGAAGGAUACGAUAAUCGACAUCACCGCCAAGACAACUCAAUGCUUCGAAUAACUGUUUCCAUGAAUAUGUUAUCUGGAGAUAUUUUAUUUAAAGCUCCAACAUCUUCGGCAAUAAAUCAGAAGAUACCUUUGACUAAUGGUGAUACUCCUCAAAGUGAAGAUACUGAAUUCCAUUCGAAUAGUGGAUUUGGCAAUAUGCCUAAAAAACGGUUAUUGUUUCCGGCAGACAUUCCCUCCAUGAGUAACUCAGAAAAACAUAAUCAAUCCGAGUUAAAUUUAAAUCAUUCGGAACAUGAAGACAAUAUAGCAGCUCAUGAUACAGCUCCUACCACCAAUCAAUUAACUAAUUCAAGUGGUCAUUCUCGUAACUCAUCAAAUACGAGCAAAGGUUCCAGUUCUCAUAAUUCUCAUUCUAGGCAUAGUAGUUCUGGAGAUAGUGGCCAUGUUCGGUCACCUUCUUGGCCUGUAUGGUCUCCUACUUUGAUACCAACACCUGCAACCCCACCGCCAUCACAGCCUCCUACACCUAUAUGGAACAGUCCUCGUUCAAGAUUUUGGUCAUUACGUCAAUUAAAAACACAUCAUCGACAAUCCCCUCAAGUGUGUACACAUCAAGACGUUUUUCAUACGCCAGACAACAAAGCUAUUGGAUUUAGGUUCCCACCAUGGUCUGGUCCAUCUCCACGUACUAAUUCAUCACCUGGUCUGUUGCCUUUAACCCCAGAUUCCCUUAGUAUGACAUCUAGUGGUACUGCAAUUUCUAUGUCACAAGCUUCACCAAUACUAAGUGGGGUUGAGGCGGGAUCUUUAGAUCGAGGUAAAGCUGCAUUAGAACGAAGAAACAAAAAAUCAGCAGCCACAAAUAAUAUUUUAGAUGAUGGUAAUACCAAAGCUACUGGGCGUGUUGAGGUUACCAGGGUAAAUCCAGACAGUCUAAUUGAUCAAUUGCUCAGAGCUACUAAUCUAGAGGAUCAUUCCGCUGAUGAAGAUACUAAACAUAGGCCAGGCUUACAAUUAUUUAUUGCCAAGGAUGGUACAACUACUCUUGGUAGUCAAAAUGUUAAAUGUCAUAUGUCUAAUAGUCUAUUCAAACAAGUUGUGAUGGAAGACAAUAGAUAACGCUAUAUUACUUAUAAUAUACAUAAUUGUUGUAAGCAUAGUGCAUCUUUUUGGAUGUAUGGAAUUUUCUAAAGAUCUUUUCAUACUAGUUCAUAUGUCAAGUCAUUGUGCCUCAAUGUUAUUAUCUGCCAAAAAACUAAAAUGCCAGUUAGAAUGACCACUAAUUCUUUUCAUACUUUAAAACAUAAUUUUGUGAGAUAUGUUCUUACAUUUAGGAUCCAUUCAAAAUAUUUUAAAGGCCGUGUCAGUAAAUAUGUUUU